GCCAUUUCAACUGAAUCCCACUUUCCCAAAUACUUUCAAAUUGUAAACCGCAUAACCUCUCUCUCUCUCUCUCACUCAGCUGUAACCCAAUCGGCGGAGAAUAAUUAUCCGGUGAAUCAGAUGACCGAUCUGGGCCGGAGCUCAACUCUAGAGUCGGAUCCCCUACGUGCUUACUCAGGCCUCUCCUUGUUUCCUCGCACGCUGAAAUCAAUGUCCAUCCCUCCUCCUCUCUACCCGUCCGACGCUCUUCAGCAGACCCAUACCCUCCUUCAAUCUAUGCCUUUCGAAGUCUCAAAAGAGCAUCAGGAGCAGGCAAAGGCUAUCUUAGAAGAUGAAAGCUCUGAACUUUUAAAGCAAGGCAGUGUAGGAUCAGAAGAUACGGAUGUUGGUGUCAGUUUCGCUAAUAAGAGGGAAAGAAGACCGGCGUAUGAACGGAAGCGAGGACAUUUUACUUUCAAGCCUACUACGACAAGUGAAUCACCUCAAAAAGAACCAACCUUUGAUCCUAGUAAAUAUCCAAAACCUGGAGAGUACUUUGCUGCGUAUGACAGAUUUCUGCUUGCUCAACGAGAAUGGCAGAAGCAGACUGGCACCUUUGUAAAUGAGACACACCAGUAUCAGCCCCGCCCUCGCAGACCAGAACUUCCAGGGAGAAAACGGGGUACAUACAAGCAUACUUAUACAGCUAGUUGUCCCAUUGGCUUGAAAACUUCUGAAAAGGAAAACCCCAUUCCUUCUGAACAAGUCCUAGAGGAAAACACUGCUGCACAUGUUAAGACUGCGGACAGAGAAGUAGAUGGUGAGAGUAAUGAUUCAACCGCAUACACAGACAAGAACUUGGAAAAUAUUUUGACUGAGUUGCUUGCUUGCUCUCCGGAUGAGCUUGACGGGGAUGCUGGUGUCAAGCUUUUGCAGGAACGCUUGAAUAUCAAGCCCGUUAAUGAGGAAAUGCUUUCUUUCCCUGACUUUCCAGAUGUCAGAAGAAUGGACUUGAAGGCGUCUGGAAGGAACCCAUCAAAGCCAAGAACUGCGCUGUCAAACAUACAGAAUUUGCUAAAAGGGAUUAACAGUGAUGGGAGUCGGAAAAAAAGCCAGGCAUCACCAUCAUAUUCACCAGAGGAUCAGUUUUCAUUUCCCGACAGGCUUAAUUUGCUUCCAGGAGAUCAACAGCCUGGAGAGGUCGAUAUAACAAAGGAUUUGAAUGCCUGUUCGGGAUCUUCAGUGGCCAGCGAUGCUGAUAAAGUUAUACCUAAUGCAUCUCCGUCUAAUGUGGGCACUCACGUUGCUAGCGAAUUCAACAUCUCAGUGCAGAAGAGUUCUUAUGAAGGUGUUCCUGAUACUAACUCAAGUCCAUAUAGGAACGCUGACAAUUGUGAGGUGGACGACAGCAUCACAAACAUUAAUCCAGCCACACUAGAGGCGAAUGUAGAUAUGCAAACAAAAGAAAAUGAGGGAGAUGUUCCCAUGGGUGAAAGUGAAGCAAACAUAAACACUAGAAGAAGAGAAAGUUAUGUAGACAACCUGGCGGAAGAUGCACCGGGAGAGGAUGCAAGAAUGGAUCCUUUUACUGUAGAAGAUGAAACCAUUCCAUAUCAGCAAGUAACAAUCUCAGCUCACUUUGUGGCUCAAAAGUAUUUCGUUAUGACGUUACUUUUUCCUACAGAAGAAUCCUCGAAAUCUCUAAACGCAACUCGAGAACAAUACAACGCAAUGGAUGGAUUCAUUGAACAUGAGGAGCAUACUCAAGGACAACAUGGAGAGGAAAAUGACAACACAGACACCGCUCGUAGAGUUCAAGUAGAAAAUGCUCAGCAGGAAGCUCCCAGCUCUUCACCCAAACAGACAAAUAAACGAAGCAAGAGAGGAGCUUCUGACAGCAAUAUGAAAAAGCGGAGCAAAACGGUGCAUGAUGAAACUGAAAAGGACAAGCAAACGAAAACAUUAUCACGUGAAAGUGGAGCAAAGAAGCAAACCAAGGGAAAAGCGAACGAGAGAAAGGAGAAGACGCAAAAGAAAACAGUAACACGUGAGAGUAAAAUGUUCUCCCGUAGGAAAAGCCUUGCAGCUGCUGGUACUAAUUGGGAAGCUGGUGUUAGACGAAGUACAAGGAUUAAGUCGAGACCACUUGAAUACUGGAGAGGUGAACGAUUCUUGUACGGACGUGUUCACAAGAGUUUAACUACUGUGAUCGGGAUAAAGUAUGAAUCUCCGGGAAAGAAUGGCAAAGGCGAAACGCGCGCAUUGAAGGUGAAAUCAUUCGUCUCUGAUGAUUACAAAGAGCUGGUUGAAUCAGCCGCCUUGCAUUGAAAAUCAUAAUAAUCCUAGGAGAGUGUUCAGAGCAAAUAAUCUUUUGAUCAUAACUCUAUUGAUAUGGUGUUUCGUCUCUACUAUUAUCACUUUGGGUCCCAUAACCUGUCACUUUCUUCUUUAUUCAAACCGCAACUGUUUUGGAAUUUCGAAACCGGAACCGAGAGUUUCAACUUUCAACUUUCAGUUAGUUUCCUCCAUGUUGAUUA